UAGAAAGUAAAGGAUUUUAGAAAUAUGAAAUGGGCGAUAAUUCCAGCAAGAUGUUGUGCCAAUGAGAACAAUGUCAAUGCGGAUUUGGAGCCACGCCGCAGUCGGUCUUUCACUACAAGCAAUAGCAAUCCUGGCGAGCGCUGAACGAGCGACCGGCCGAUCCGAAGGAACAUCAGAGUACAGGUACCCAUAUGUGGAUACUCCGUGGCCCAGGCGCCAAUACAGCAGCGAGGAAAGGGAUGCGAUGGACCUUAGGGAAAUGGCGCCUUCGGAGCCACGCUACCUUUCCGAUCCAGAAGUCCUCUUCCAGCGGCUGGACGACAUGGAGCAGAAGCUAGGGAUUCCUGACCGAAUGGCUCCUACGGGCAAGUUGAAAUCUGAAAAGUAUCUGGUUGGUCCUAAGAAUAUUGCCGCCCAGCUGUUCAAAGACAACUUACAUAAAUUUCCCAUUGAUGAGGGCGAGGAUGGCCUGUAUAAAGAGGAGGAGGAUCCCUUCGACUCCCUGGCCAGGAUGAACUUCAAUGAGCAGUUGAGGGAAUAUAAACCCGAUCGUGAGCUGAAGAGAAUGCUGGGUGGCUACAGGAACAGCCAUAGGGAUGGAAAACCAGCAGUGGCAACAGCCAAUCUCCUGGCCAAGGUGGUCAGCUCCAAGGUCGAUCAGCCCAGGAAGUCUGGGACUUGUCGUGGCACCACUGGACGACCGAUGUCCACCACAAAAAGCACUACGACUCAUCGAUCGACUGUUAGCACAACCACCCGAGGUCCCACCACUUUCUGCCUUCCGGAACCCUCAUCCGAGCCUGUGCUUCCCACACCUUCACCUACACCACGUCCACCUCCUAUCUCGCCUUCCUCUCCACCAACCGCGCGAAAACCUAAUGGUCAGCCCAAUAGGUGCUCUUCUCAAAAGCCAGGAGCCGUCAAGGUGCUGCUGGAUACCAUUUUGGCCACCAAACAGCUUGCCCUUUCGGUGCUCAAAAAUCUGAACUACCUGGAGAUGGAACUGCUGAGUCACUCACCGGACGACGACGUGUGUGCGGAGUCGGACGACCCGGUUAAAGAGAAUGAAGCACCUACAAAGACGAGUGAACGUUUCUUCAAGACCGAGCCAAGGCCCCAUUAUCGGGUCUUCUCCUUUGGAAUACGACCUGCGAGCCAGAAAGAGAGCCUGUACGAUUUGGCACUGGCCAAGGAGGAGGAGCUGAAGCUGGAGGAUCGGGUGUGGAAGGAGCACCAGCAGCAGAUGAAGCUUAAGAGGCCCAUAAAACCAAAGAGGUUUGAGGCUGCUCCGGCGAAUGCUGCACGCCUGGAACCUUUCCAGGAGCCUCGACAGCCACCGAAGUCAUUGAAGCCCAUGGAAGAUUUGCCUCCUUUCGAGCCAGAAACUUCCACCGAUAACAGACGCAUCAAUCUGGAAGCCUUGAGCGUGGUAGUCAAACCACUGUCUACUGUUCCCAGAAAGGAUUCCCCUAACUCGUUGCCGCGGGCACAAAUGAAUGCCAUUCAAUUAGAGGGCACAAGCGAGGACCAACUGCAACCAAGCCACAGUUUUCAUUCGAGACCAAGGAAGAAGAAAAAACACAAGUUGUAUGCCAUGGAACAGCAGCCGCAGGCCAAAAGGCUACCCAUUGCUGGCGUUUUUUAUUAA